AUGGCUUCCAUGCGAGAACCUUUGAAACUGCCUCCUCAUAGGAGUUUGAGGCUUCAAUGGGCCCAAAAUUACAUGACGUUAGACUUGAGUUGUGUUCUGAUCACUAAAGAAACCAGGGUGAUCCUUGACGAAACUAACGGUUGGGCAAAUGGUUGGGUCUAUUUUAGAGAUGAGCGUCACCAACUUUUACGACGUCAACAACAGGGUGGAGGAGUCAUCUUGUGGGCUGGUAUCAUUGGGGACAGACUUGUUGGCCCAUUCAGGGUGCCUGAAGAGGUUAAAGUGAUUGCAGCUGCCUUCUGCAAUCUCCUGAAGGAGGUCUUGGAUCUCUGGCUAGAUGACAUACUGCUGUCACUUCUAAGGAAUCUCGAAUUCAUGCAUGACAACACUCCCUCUCAUUCUACUAGGACCACCCAAAUAUUCCUAGGGUUUUACGGUAUACAAUGUGAAAGGUUGAUGGUGUAG